AUGACGCCGCAGACGGCUCGGAUCGCUGGGCAUCGUGGCUACAGCGCCGCCGCCCCAGAGAACACUCUGGCGGCUUUCCGCAUGGCACGCGACGUAGGCGGUAAGGGUGUCACUUGUGAGACCGAUCUCGCACUGACCAAAGACGGGGAGAUGGUCCUGAUCCACGACAAGACGGUAGACCGAACAACCAACGGUCGCGGCCUGGUCAGGAACAUGACCUAUUCAGAAAUCGCUCAGCUUGACGCCGGUAGCUGGUUUGACGAGGCAUUUGCGGGCGAGCGAAUUCCUCGGUUAAGGGAAGCGUUAGAUCUUGCGGAAGAACUUGAUAUCAUCUACCAACUCGAGCUCAAGAUUUACGAUCAGGACAACAUCAUCUUCUCGAAGCUGAGGGAAAUGAUUGACGAAUUGAACUGUUCACAUCGAUUGCAGUUCUCCUCCUUCGACUUCGUUCAGCUCAAAGCUGUAAAGGAGGCCAUUCCCGAAGUUCCUACAGUCGGCCUGUCACAUUCCCGACUAAUUGAACCAGGUGCCGUUGCACUGGAAGCCAACAUGGAUGCAAUGAAUCUGGAGAUCCAGCAUUUCGCAAGUGGCGAAGCCCACCAGCUCCAUAGGGAUGGCAUUGCGGUAUUCUUACAUGUUCCACGCCCUGAGCUCCUUCAAAGCCUCAAGACGUACGGCGUGGAUGUGGAGGCCCAGGUCGUCAGUUGGGUUCGUGAAGGAUGGUUAGAUCAUAUAAUUAGUGAUGAUGUCGCACAGAUGGCGAGGAUUAUGGAUCAGAUUCGUUAA